GCCGGACGAGGACGGACAAGGGACGCCACACGGACGGCAGGCGGACCCACCAACAGUGUGCCUAUCAGCACCGACGCUGCCGCUGCGAUGCAGGCGCGGAUCCAGAGGCAGCAUUGGUGCUUUUUCGUCUGGGCAGGCACACUGCUGUUGGCCUUCAACCACGUUCAGGGCAAAUACAUCCAAUCGUUUUCUGGCCCAUACAUCAUGUUCCUGCGCUCGAUGACAUCGUGUCCCUCGGACGGCACAGUCGACUUGCACGUGCGUGUUACGCAUUUCAAGCCCUCUAGACCUUUCGACCUGCAGAUCCUUACAGCUAAUUUGUCCCUGAAAAUGGACGUUGAAGACAAUUUUUGGCUUUACGGUGACAUGGCCAAAAGAGCGAACAACCAGUGGAAAGAGAACGCCUUAAAGUGGAAGUUCCCCAACGUUGGAUGCUCUGCGAUUCGUGCUCAAGCCCCGGGCGUCUUUAGCCUCAUCUCGAAGGCCACUGGGGCGUCUGCGGACAAGAAUGAACGGUGCUUCAUACCGAAGGGUGACUUCCACGUGACCGGGCCCCUCAACUUGACACUUCCGAACUUUCCAAUAUUGGUCUACGCUCGCGACCGAGUACACGUCCAGGCCCGACAAGAUCCAAAAUCACCUGUAUGGUUCUGUGCGGUCCGUCCUGGAAAUUGGCCAAUGUUCCAUGGAGUCCCAGGAGCCGGAUUUACCGUGUGAACACAAAGGCAAGCGUUAUCGCCACUCCCGCGGCAUCGCGAAGCCUGCCACAAGGCACGGUCCAGCCUACACACACCUGCUGAAAGAAGGUCAAAGGGCAGACCCCAUCCGUCAUCCGUCCAAAAGGAAGUCGUUCUAUUUUGGAACUCAGUGAAUGCUCGGCGCGGAGAUCAAUAAAACGCUGUCGCUCCAAGGAAUCACUUUUGAAAAGACCGUCGGAGGAAUGGUGGCCUUUCAAUUGCGCGGCAAAGGUGUGUUUGCCCUCGCGGAGAAAAGCGAGGUCGCCUCGAAGCGCCGUUCAGUCCACGAUGGCCAGCCCGCGUGGAGUGACCUGUGUCGCCGUGCUCGCCCUGGUGCUCUUGGCACCCGCCGAAGCACUGCCUGCGAGCUGGAGUGUGGCAAGGAGGGACACGGCCUUGGACGUCGCGCAGAACAUCCUCAGCCUGCUCGAGCCGGCCCUGCUUCGCACCGGACCUCACUCCCCGCAGUUGGUCAUCGCGGGACGGCCGCGGUGGCUCGACGCUUUCUUGCAACUGCACGGGGCUGCGUCGCUGGUCCUGCUGGCAAGGCCAAGAGGCCCGUGGCCGUCACCUUCGACACGGAAUACUCUGUGUCUGCCGAGCGCAAUCCUUCUAGUCGCCGAGAACAAUGCAACCGACUUGGAAGCCUUACUUUUACUUGUAGAAGAGCCCUUGGAAUGUCGCAUUCUGCUUUGGACAGAAUACAAAUCUGCCUGGACUCAGACAGAUCUGAACAAAAUCGCAUCGCUUUAUAGAAUAUUUUUUCCGACGCCGAUAACGCUCCUGGUCGGACUGGCAUCGGACACCGGUUCAGGCUUGACCGUUUACGAAGGGUCCUUUGAGUUUCCGGAGGGAGUACAGCCUGCACGGGUUUGGGUUCCAGGACACGCGCCCUUCUUGCCGCCAUGCUACUUCCAUGGCAACGCGUCGCGCAAAGCCACGAUGGUCCACACUGCUCUGGAGGCCAAUGUGUUCCAGUCCAUGAUGAAACGAUACGCAGAGACCGUUGCCCAGAAACAUGCAAACGUGAGAUUGCAGCUGAUAAGGACGGCUCGUUGGGACGACAUUGGUAGACUCUGCCGUGCCGACUUUUUGAGCAUGGAAAUUCCGUUCCAAGUGCAUAGCGAUGGCAAGU